GGAGGGCGCGGCUAGGGCGUGUGCGCCCAAGUCCAAGGGCACCGCGGUCUGUGUGCCCCAGUGGGACUCCUGGGCCGAGCCCCGGAGCACGGCUGAUUCAGGAAGUUGAGUCUCUGACAUCAGGGGCAGGACAGAGUUAGAGUGAAACCUCAAAAAUGAGAGGCGUUGGCUGGCAGGCGGGCAGGGAAAACAGAGGGUGCCUUUCUCAGUCUGGCGCAGGUAGGGCCGCGUGGGGCAGCCCCUGCUGACCCUGCACUUCGGCUGCGGGCCCCGCGGGAGACCGGCAGGGGCUCCAAAAAGGAGCCUGGACCUGCCACCGGAUCGCUGUCAGAGGGGCAGCACCUGGCGGAUCCCUCCCUGGGCAACAGCGGCAGCGGCAGGAAGCCCUCCGCAGGAGCCUGAAAGGUGCUAUCCAUGGCCUGCCCAAAGCCAGGGCUGGGAGAGGAGUAAGUUCCCAAUGGGCAAGGCUGUGUCCUCGUGAGCCUGGGACGCGGCAGUCAGCUGAGGUUUCUCUGGAACCUCUCCAGCCAAGCACCAUGGAGAAAGUCAGCUCCUUCUUGAGUGCCAUCUGGGACACCAUCUUGAACAAGCACGAACAGGGCCUCUUCAACACCAUCUGCCUGGGUGUCAUCCUGGCACUGCCACUCCUGGUGGUCAUCACACUGAUUUUCAUCUGUUGCCAUUGCUGCUGGAGCCGGCCAGCCAAGAGUGGCCAACAGCCAGGACAAAACAAGGGAAACAAGAAAAAGAAGAAGAAGAAGGCGGAGGAAGACCUCUGGAUCUCUGCUCAGCCCAAGCUUCUCCAGAUGGAGAAGAGGCCAUCACUGCCCGUGUAGACGGGCAGGAAGCAAAGGUGUCCCUCAAGGACUCGGCUGUCUUCCAACUACACGCAGGCGGGGAGCAGCGAUCCCUGACCUGACACACAUCAACAGAGGCACUUCUCAACCAAGGAACAAACCUCCCACG